AUAUUUGUACUUCUCCGCUCUUCUCUUGCAUAGUAGUGUUAUAAUUUAUAACUGCGCGCAUUUUUGCUAGAAGAAAAAAAAUCGAUAUCUUCAGGAUUUGCGUGUAUCGUGUAGUAAUACAUUUGACAACAUGAAACGAGGACGCCGAAUGUGAAUCUACACAACCAAAUAUCAUUCUGUCAUUCUACACACACACAUUGCCUUUUUUCAUAAAACAUACCGAUGACACGCCGUUGGCACGGUGCCCCGUUGCAGUGAAAACAAGGCCUAAAUAUCUUUAGGAGCACGGACCGACUCUGAUAUUGUGCGAGAAAGCAAGACAAGGUUCAACGUGUUAAUACCUUUAGAGGCUUUCAAAAAUUCCUAAAAAAUCUUGGUGUUACAUCUUGCUUCUCUAAUUUUUUGUCAUGUGCACAAUAUUUUUGUUUACUUUUCCUAAAACUUCUUUUCCUGCUCGUUUGAAAUGGUCAGAUAUAACCCAGCAAACACUAAAUCGUAUAACUUUUACACAAGCUAGGUCGCAUAUAUAUUAUCAAAUUACAAUCGUAAAAAAUAUCAUUAAAAGGAUGCAUAAUGUGUAUCUGAAAUCGUAUAAAUUCAAAAAACACAAUUUUAAAUUUAAUUGAUGAAUUGAGUCGUAUAUCGGUAUAACAAUCAUCCUAAUAUCGCGAUGUGCGGUAUUAUAUACGUACAUUCCAUUCAUUUCAUAUAACAUUGUCAGAUCAAAUCGCAAAUCAGUGUGACAAGCAUCGUCCAUCGUUAUAUAUGGCUUCACAUACAAACAUAAUAUGACCUAUUCUUAAAUCGCCUCAACAUUUGCAUGUAUAUGCCAGUUGCUGAGAAUCUAUUGUUUUAAAGAAAACAUAUAAUCUAGUUACUACAUUGACCAAAAAAUACCACGAACGUCAAAAAAGUUGAAGAAAUCAUAUGUGUAUGUGGACCAUGCACACGUGGUCAUACGCAUGCGCAAUGGAAGGCGUUUACAAUUUUUCCAAAACAAAUCAAAACACAGUCAGAAAGAGUAAAUAUGAGUUCUCAUUGGAGAAUCGAACAUUUGUAAAAAAAUAUAAUUAUGAACACUGAACACUAUGAUGUCUGAUUUCACCAGCACUCUCAGCCGACGCCAAAAAACAAAUGCAAUCUCGAGCUCUGGUGGGUACAAAGACAAUGAAGAAACAGAUAGUAAAAUACCACUUCUUCAAAAAAGCAGAAAAUCCAACCAAUACGUUUCGAAAAGCCUCAUUGCAAUAUUCUUGAUAUCGCUGUUCACGCUUGCAUUGUUAUAUAUAAGAUCAGUGAAAGAUAAUCCUCAAGAUGCCAAAUUGUAUCAAAAACUAAUGCCACCUGAUCCACAGCGUACGGAUACGAAAAUCAUACCUUCAUAUACGCCGUUACAUCUUUAUAAGCAAGCGGCGGUUUGUUCGGAUUCAGAAGUAUGCAGUAGCAUAGGAAGUCAAAUAUUCAAGAAAAAUGGAUCAAUAGUCGACGCAACUCUGGCCACAAUGUUCUGUGCAGGUUUGACCAAUAUGCAGUCAAUGGGAAUAGGCGGUGGCUUCAUUAUGAACAUUUAUAUAAAAAAAGAUAAUAAAGCAUAUACCUUAGAUGCACGUGACAUAUCGGCCAAAGCUGCAACGGAAGAUAUGCAUUUGCAUGACCCUUCAACUACCAACGAAGGACCGCUAUCGAUAACCACACCUGGUGAACUAAAAGGUUACUGGGAGGCACAUAAACGAUUUGGCAAACUUCCAUGGAAAAAAAUAAUGCAGCCUAGUAUAGAUCUUUGCAAAGAUGGGUUCGAAAUGUCCAAACACAUGUACGAUUCCUUGCACACCAAUGCAAAAGUUAAAUUUGAUGAGCAAUUACGUCAAAUGUAUGUCGAUGAGCAAUCCAAUGAAUUUUUCAAACCUGGAACUAUCAUCAAACCGAAUCUGUUAUGUAAAACGCUCGAAUAUAUCGCCGAAAAUGGUGGUAACUCGCUCUAUGAAGGAGAACUAGCCGAAAAAUUCGAACGUGAUCUGAAGGAUGUAGGAAGUAUCAUAACUAAGGAAGAUCUCGAAUCAUACAAAGUGCGAUGGAACGAUUCUAUUCCAAUCGAUGUAAAUGGUGAUAUCAUGUAUGUAAUUCCACCACCAGCCAGUGGCAUUCUAGUUAGUUUUAUAAUAAAUAUUUUGAAGAACUAUAAUUUCAAGCCCCAAGAUUUAUCAUCAAUCAACACUACUGUGUUGACAUACCAUCGCAUUAUAGAAGCAUUUAAAUAUUCUUACGGUAAACGCACACAGAUAGGUGAUCCAAUGUUUACUGACAUCGAAGAUCUUGUGAGGGAUCUUACAUCGCCUGAAUAUGCUGAACAAAUAAGACUGAAAAUUGUUGAUGACAGUACCAAGAAUGACCCUCGAGACUAUGGUGGACAAUUUCAUAUGAAGAACAACCACGGAACUGCUCACAUUUCUGUGAUAGGACCUACAGGAGAUGCCGUUUCAGUUACGAGUUCAGUUAAUUUUUAUUUCGGAGCAGCCUUGACUGGUAAACGAACAGGAAUUAUUUUCAAUAGUGGGAUGGAUGAUUUUUCAUCUCCUGGGCUGAAAAAUUACUUCGGACUACCCGGAUCAGAGCCAAAUUAUAUAAGACCGCAAAAGCGAGCCCUUUCAUCAAUGUCCCCAACCAUUGUAGUUGGAAAAAACGGAGAAGCUAAACUGGUUGUUGGGGCUGCCGGGGGAACAAAAAUAACGACAGCAGUGGCUAUGAUCAUAAUGAAAUCACUUUGGUUCAAUAGCGAUAUCAAAGAAGCUGUUGACACUCCCCGAAUUCAUCAUCAACUAAUCCCGAUGUCACUUCAAUAUGAAUACGGGAACUUAGAGGGCGUCUUAAAAGGACUGGAAAAAAAAGGCCAUGAGGUAACACGUUACCGUGAGAGAGGAUCGAUAGUUUGUGGUAUAGCGAAGAAUGAAACGGGUAUUUAUGCCAAUGCAGAUUUCCGCAAGGGUGGUGAUGUUGUAGGAUAUUGAAUUAUUGCUUAAAUAUCAAUAAAAAUAGCAAACGAAAUUGAU